GGGGUGUUUGGGUGUAAACACGUUCCAGGGCAGCAGGGGGCGCGCCGGAGUCAGGAAAAAAGCAACGCGGUGCGGAGUCUGCGCAUUUCGCUUGUUCUCGUCAGUCCGAACUUUCGGGAGGAAGGUGGGGAGAACUGCGCCAUUUUAUCUGGAUGUGAUCAUCGUGACCACAAAGACACUCGGCGGGAUACAAGGAAGAGUGGGAGGAGCCAUGGCGACCUUGUGGCACGAAGAGGACGACGAGUUAAAAAUUGGAGCAGUGGUAGGCGGGAUGAGGAGCAAGCCGCGGUUCUCCUUCCAUGAGAUCAGAGUGCUGCUGCACGCCGUGAAGAGAAACAGAUACGUCCUCCUGAAGAAGUUCAACCAGGGGGUGUCGGCAGAAGCCAAGAAGCAGACGUGGGCAGAGAUCACGGAGGAGAUCAACGGUCUGGGAGAGAACCAGCGGGAGGUGCGGCAGAUCAUGAAGAAGUGGGCCGACCUGAAGUGUGACGGAAAGAGACGCAUCACCGCCAUGCGCGGCCCCAACGGCAACAACCUGAGGAAGAAGAACAUGGGCGCCGUGGAGAGGAUGGUCCACAAGAUCCUGAUGCUGACUCCUGAGACAGAUUCCAUCAGUGACCGGGACCUGGACGAGGGCGAGGACCUGUCGAAAUACACGACCCCCCCCUCCACCACCCACUUCUCCUACCUGAACAUGAGCAACACCUCCCACUCCUUCUCGGGGGAGACCUUCGAGGUUUCUCCCACCUCCACGCCGGACAAAGACCUGGGUGAACCUCUGCAGUCGUCCUCCGACGUCGACGCACCUGAUGAAGAAGCCCCCCAUCUUCACCUCCCUGCCGACGGGGGCGCCCCAGCACCGGGUCCGGGAGCAGGUGUCGGCGCUGGCGGCGCAGAGCCUGCGGCAGCAGACGGCCGGCCGCGUGCUGCUGAGCUCCGUGUCGCAGUCGCUGGCGGCGCUGGCGCAGUCGGUGCAGCUGCUGGUGGAGAGCCAGCAGGAGUUCGUGCAGGAGGCGCUGCUGCUGCAGAGGGAGACGGUGGAGGUCCUGAGGGACUUCUCCAACACGGCGCUCGGCAUGCUGCGGGACAAGGCCGGCGGCGGGCAGCCGCACCCCCACGCCGUGCAGCGCUUCUGAGGAGGUCAUCCUCAGACUGGGACGCUCGUGAAGAUGCGGCGGCGGCGGCGUCUGCCUCACGGUUGAACCGCACAGUUUGGUUUCAGAGCAGCAGGAAUCAGAGAGCUUCGUUCUUCGGUUAGAUUGUGAAUCUAACAGCAGAAAACCCUCCAAACGACGUAUUUAUGAACCGAUGAAAGAUUCCUGCAGACGCUACAGGAAACAUCCGAACGACGUGGACGAACGCUCUGCUGCCCUUCUAGUUUUUCUACUGAGACAGGAUCCAGAAGUUACCGUUUGAUUUUUUUUUCUCUUUUUAAGGAAAAAAGGUCAGAAAUAAAGCGUACAGACUUUAACGAUGUGUCGAAACCUCUAUGGGUUAUAUCCACGACCUACUUCCACAUUCAGCCUUUGAAUGUUCAGUCCUUUCCGGUCGGAGCCGUGGGCUGUUAUGUGGAAAUAGUGUUUGGACUUUAAAAGAUGUCUUCUGGAGCUAACAAGAGUCACUUUAAAUGAUGUUAGACGCAUUGUUUGUUUUUCUAGUAACAUUCUCCAAAAUAAAAGUGCAAAAGGA